ACUCGCCCGGUGUGCUGCAGCCUGCAGCCGCCGCCGUCAGGUCUCGCCUCCGCCGCACUCUCCUCUCUGUCUCCGCCGAUCUGCUCUGCCGCGACGCGCCGCCGGCGAGAAGGGACGGCCUCCUCUCCUUCCCGACCCCGCGCGAGCAUCCAGUUUCGAGUUUCUUCUGGAUUUCUAGGAUGGCGACUCUGAGGAACCUGAAGAUCAAGACGUCGACCUGCAAGAGGAUCGUCAAGGAGCUCCGCUCCUACGAGAAGGAGGUGGAGAAGGAGGCGGCCAAGACUGCUGACAUGAAGGAGAAAGGCGCCGACCCCUACGAUCUCAAGCAACAGGAGAAUGUUUUAGCCGAGUCAAGGAUGAUGGUCCCAGACUGCCAUAAGCGACUUGAAACUGCACUGGCAGACUUGAAAGCAACUCUGGCUGAAUUGAAGGAAUCAAAUGAACAAGGUGCUGAGAUUGGAGAGGCUGAGAGUACAAUCACAGAAGUUGAAGCUGUCGUCAAGCCAACAGAAGAUUGAAUUCGUUUUUUAUGAAAUCCCUGCAAACCUCUGUUCUGUUGGGGCCAUAGUAGCUCAACUAGUAUUAUGAUGUUUGCUGUGAAUUCAUGUAUCCAUUUUGUGGUUCCUGAGCCCUAACUUGGAAGAUCUGGCACUGAACCAUCCUUACUUUAUGUGCUUGCUUGUUCUUCCUGAAGUACACAGUUAAGCAUGGUUGUGUCCACU